GUAGUAUUUCAUGCGUAUACAGUUUAAUGUAUAUUUCUUUUUUAUCUUACCUUAAACCGCUUUAUACAAGUGCAGCUGCUUAUUUCAGCCUUCUUCUCCUUCCUGUUUUUCUCUGGCUGAAGUAUCAAUAUUUGUUUAACCUUCCUUUUGCUUUCACACAGUCCAAAAAAGGCUUACGUAUUCUGUGUCCAAGAUGCAUCUUCCCCAGCAAAAGAAAGGAAGAGGCAUCCAGAAUAGAAAAUAUUAAGAGGCUACUCUGAUCGAUGAACAGCGACCUCUUAUAAGAUGCUCCAUAUUAUCUGGAAGGUUUAUUAAUUGAUUAAAUAUUUUAUUUUUAUAACUACACCUCGAAUUUUAAAGGCAAAUGGCACACAGCCCGGAUAGUCUUUAGUCCUUAGUCCCUCAGACAGAGUCACAAUAAAAAACUAGGAUCCAAAAGCAGUGACUCAAAAAGUUUCACAUAAACAGAAAAAAGAGAAUUACAGUUAACUCUAACUCUUAGUUUCUAGAUUAAGGAGCGGCAGCUUAACUUAAGGACUCCGGUUGGGUCCGAAACUAGUCGCCAGUCGGACUUACCUGAUGAAUACGCAUAAAGAAAUGUUAUGAAAUAUAUAAUUAGGAGUCCGCCUCUUUUUCUAUAUCAAGGAUGUCAUGAAAAGUCAUUAACAUCUAAAUAGUUAUUACGAAGAAACAAAAAUGCACACAGCGGUUUCCAUGGCAGCGGGAGCACGUGGUGCGCGGACGCACUUCCCGCGUGUCGGAGGUCGCGCAGCGUUCUAUAUAAUGUGAACAAGUUGCCCAAGCGCACACUACCACACUCACGCGCACGCCGCCAACAUCCACCCACUGAACAUUCGGGAGCGGUCAGCCCUGCAGCCACGAGCCCCAGUCAGUCUGCGCUUACGCAUCCGCCAUUCGGACACAGUGCGCGUGCACUACAGUGAUACUGUGACAGUGUCAGUAACUUCCCGUUAAUAAAAUAACAACAUGAACCACUACGUGAAAAUCGCGUUAGUCAUGUGCGCGUGCUUAGCACUUACAUCGGCGCAGUUCAGAACCUUUGACUACGACUUUGGUUUCGGUUCAAGUUACAAUGCCCCGGCUUAUAACAGUUUCGCGGCGGCUGCCAGAGAUCCAAGGGCUAACACCGGACCAGUGCUGUUCCCUCCAUCCCCCAGCGGGGACCCCACCCAGACCAGUGGCGUGGUGGUAGGAGCGUCCGGCUUCGGUUUCGUGCCCCCCGGCUCCCAAGGACCAGCGAUACCCCGGUUUUUCUACAGAAGACGCCUUUAUCUAAGAAGAUAAAUUAAUUAGUCUUAGAAACCAGAAGUGAGGACAGGUUUUUAAAAAGCAAGCACGGUUACGUCACAAACAA